AUGGUGGAGCUCAGCACCAAAGUCAGCAGGACGCUCAACAAGACCACGCCGGGCAUCCAGAUAUGGCGAAUCGAGAAAAUGGAGAUGGUGCCAGUGCCCACCAAAAACUAUGGCAACUUCUAUGAGGGGGAUUGCUACGUCCUGCUGUCGACACGCAAGACUGGAAAUGGCUUCAGCUACGACAUCCACUACUGGCUGGGCAAGGAGUCAAGCCAGGAUGAGCAGGGGGCAGCAGCCAUCUACACCACCCAGAUGGAUGACCACCUGGGCACCGUGGCUGUGCAGCACCGCGAGGCCCAGGGCCACGAGAGCGAGACCUUCCGUGCCUACUUCAAGCAGGGCAUCAUCUAUAAGAAGGGUGGGGUGGCCUCGGGCAUGACUCAUGUGGAGACCAACACCUACAACGUCCAGCGCCUGCUGCAUGUGAAGGGCAAGAAGAACGUGAUUGCGGCGGAGGUGGAGAUGAGCUGGAAUAGCUUCAACAAGGGAGAUGUCUUCCUGCUGGACCUGGGCCAGCUCAUUGUCCAGUGGAACGGCCCCGAGAGCAACCGAAACGAGAGGCUGAGGGCGAUGACCCUGGCCAAGGACAUCCGGGACCGGGAGCGUGGGGGCCGUGCCAAGGUGGGUGUAGUGGAUGGUGAGGAUGAGAAUGCCUCGCCAGGGCUCAUGCAGGUCCUCACGCACGUCCUGGGUGAGAAGAGGGACAUCAAAGCAGCCAUUCCUGAUGACAAAGUGGACCAGAAGCUGAAUUCUGCCCUCAAGCUCUACCAUGUCUCCAAUGCUAGUGGCAACCUGAUUAUACAGGAGGUGGCAAUGCGACCCCUGACUCAAGACAUGCUCCUGCAUGAGGACUGCUACAUCCUUGAUCAAGCAGGUCUCAAGAUCUUCGUGUGGAAGGGCAAGAAUGCCAACAAGGAGGAGAAGCAACAGGCGAUGAACAGGGCUCUGGGCUUCAUCAAAGCCAAGAACUACCCAGAGAGCACCAGCGUGGAGACAGAGAACGACGGCUCCGAGUCAAGUGUCUUCAGGCAGCUCUUCCAGAAAUGGACUGUCCCUAACCAGACCACUGGGUUAGGCAAGACCCACACUGUGGGCAAAGUGGCCAAGGUGGAGCAGGUGAAGUUUGAUGCCACCACACUGCAUGCGAAGCCCCAGAUGGCUGCCCAGCAGAAGAUGGUGGAUGAUGGCUCUGGAGAGGUGGAGGUGUGGCGAGUGGAGAGUGGGGAGCUGGUGCCUGUGGAGAAGAAGUGGCUGGGCCAUUUCUACGGCGGGGACUGCUACCUGGUGCUCUACACCUAUUCUGUGGGGCCCAAGGUGAACCGUAUCAUCUACAUCUGGCAGGGCCGCCAUGCCAGCACAGACGAGCUGGCUGCCUCUGCCUACCAAGCUGUCAUCCUGGACCAGAAGUACAACAACGAGCCCGUGCAGGUCCGAGUCACGAUGGGCAAGGAGCCAGCCCACCUGAUGGCCAUCUUCAAGGGCAAGAUGGUGGUGUACGCGGGAGGUACCUCACGGGCAGGCGGCGAGGAGCCCGUGGCCUCCACCCGCCUCUUCCACGUGCACGGCACCAACGAGUACAACACCAAGGCCUUUGAAGUGCCUGUUCGCGCCUCCUCCCUCAACUCCAACGACGUCUUCGUGCUCAAGACCCCCAGCUGCUGCUACCUGUGGUAUGGCAAGGGCUGCAGCGGGGAUGAGCGCGAGAUGGGCAAGAUGGUGGCCGACAUCAUCUCCAAGAUGGAGAAGCCAGUGGUUGCAGAAGGACAGGAGCCACCCGAGUUCUGGCUGGCCCUGGGGGGCAAGUCCCAAUAUGCCAACAGCAAGAGGCUUCAGGAGGAGAACUCCUCCGUGUCCCCUCGGCUCUUUGAGUGCUCGAACAAGACAGGUACCUUCUUGGCCACAGAGAUUGUGGACUUCACCCAGGAUGACAUGGAGGAGGAUGAUGUUUACCUGCUGGACACCUGGGACCAGGUUUUCUUUUGGAUUGGGAAAGGUGCCAACGAGUCGGAGAAGGAAGCAGCGGCGGUGAUGGCGCAGGAGUACCUGCGCAGCCACCCCAGCGGGCGCGACCUUGACACCCCCAUCAUCGUGGUGAAGCAAGGCCACGAGCCCCCCACCUUCACUGGCUGGUUUCUGGCCUGGGACCCUCUCAAAUGGGAUGACAAGAAAUCCUAUGAGGCACUGAAAGCUGAACUAGGGGAUGAAAGCAGCCUUGGGCAGCUCACCUCAGCAUUCACAUCCACACAAGAAGUUUUCACUGCCACCACCACCAUCCUCCCUGACAAACUGGAGACCUUCCCCCUGGAGGUGCUGGUGAACACCGCGGCAGAGGACCUGCCCCGGGGUGUGGAUCCCAGCAGGAAGGAGUACCACCUCUCUGACCAGGACUUCCAGACUGCUUUCGGCAUGAGCCGCUCUGCCUUCAGCAAUCUGCCUCUGUGGAAACAACAGAAGCUCAAGAAGGACAAAGGACUCUUCUAGGGCAGGAGCCUGUGCCGAGGCCCCCUCUAGGCUGCUGUUUUUACUAAAUAAAAUGGAUGUGGAGCUGGGGCUGUCUCUUCCCACCUGACCUACGGGCUCAGCCCAGCUGCAGUUUCUUUAACAGAGGGUAUGCAGGGGAGCAGGGAUCAUGACUGGGCCCUGAGACAGGGAAGGACUCUCAGCUGCUUCUCCACAGCCUUCAGCCCCAUGGUGCUCAGGGACAAUGCACAAGCUGGCCAGCCCCGCGGCAGCCCCGGGGACCCAGGGCUUCCACAUCCCACUCCAGCAGCAGCAGCUUCAGCCUGGGGCUAAAGGUCUGGUGCACACCUGGUACCACUCCCUCUGUUAUCGUGUGAAGCUCAGUAAAUAAGUGCAGUACCAAAGGUAAGAGUGACAAAGCCACAGGCUGAGAGGAGGGCAUGCGUGCGGGGACGUCAGCUGCUGCAGACAGACACCAGCGAGCACUUGUCAGCGUCCUGGGAGGGCAGCUCCCUCCCCUCCUGCUGGCGUUCCUUGAGGACACAGAGAGGGGCAGGGGGUUCCCCCCAGGGGUGCUCCUGGGCAAGCUGUGGAGGGCUGGCACGUGCGGGGAUGUCCCCUCAGGUGGUGACUCAGGAACUCAGAUGAUGUUCUCAGGCGACCGGGCAAUGUCUCAGCGGCCGAGGCGGGGCGGAGGUGCAGCGCCCAUCAGCUGCGGCAUCCGAGCGGCAGUGAGACGGCACACACCGAGAGAGGCUCAA